CUCACAUAUCUCUCUCUCUCAUCUGCAAAAACCAGCAAAGGUGUGUGCUUGCCCCACCCCCAACUAGUUCAUAACAUGGAAUGGUGCCAGCAAAAAGCUUCAUCAAACCACUAAAUUUGCUUCAGGUACAUGAUGAGAGUGGGAGAGAAGCACUUGUACUUCAUGCUUCAAAAGUUGUAAUCUCUUUAAGAUCUUGGAGUUGAAAAGAUUAGACUUUUUCCCUCAGAUUUACAAUGCCAGUCCCUCUAGCUCCAUAUCCAUCUCCUCCUGUGCCACUUACAACCCCUGCCAAUGGUUCUCAAAGCCAGCUAGUGUGUUCAGGAUGUCGAAAUCUUCUACUUUACCCAGUGGGAGCAACCUCGGUCUGCUGUGCAGUUUGUAAUGCUGUCACAGCUGUUCCUCCUCCUGGCACCGAAAUGGCGCAAUUGGUUUGUGGAGGCUGUCACACAUUACUCAUGUACAUCCGUGGGGCGACAAGCGUACAAUGUUCAUGCUGUCAUACCAUCAAUUUAGCCUUAGAAGCAAACCAGGUAGCACAUGUCAAUUGUGGAAACUGUAGGAUGCUUUUGAUGUACCAGUAUGGAGCACGAUCUGUGAAAUGUGCAGUUUGCCAAUUUAUUACGUCCGUUGGGGCUUCGACAAGUGCUACAGAACAGAAGUUCAACACCUAAAAAGAUUUCAUGUUCAGAAUGACUUACUAUGACUACAGAUAUCACAUGGUCACUCAAGAACCUACAUUUCGCUACAUGUACAAUGUAUAGAGUUACGAAUUUCCUCUUGUUUGAGACCAUCAUCUUUUUCAUAAAUAUUAUAGUGAUUAAAGAAUAAGCGUAGUUUUGGCAGGCAUGUUUCGGAUAAGAGAAAUAUUCGAUUACGAGAGCUCAUUUAUGGUUGUAAGUUGGUGUUUGGUUUUUCGGAUAAUGAGAAGUUCUGUUUUAUCUU